UCUUUCGUGGGCUAAACUAAUGACUGUCACAAUCAGAAGACACAGAACAGAGUAUCCUCCCAACCAAAGUUGCUUCACUGGAAACAAUGAACAUCACCGCGAUGCGAGGCUUCAACGGGUCUGAGCGGUGCCCCAGAGACACCCGGGUGGUACAGCUGGUGUUCCCAGCUCUCUAUGCUGUGGUAUUCUUCUCUGGCAUCUUGCUGAACAUGCUGGCCCUGUGGGUGUUUGUUCACAUCCCCAGCUCAUCCACCUUCAUCAUCUACCUCAAAAACACUUUGGUGGCUGACUUGAUCAUGGCACUCACGCUUCCUUUCAAAAUCCUCUCCGACUCAUACCUUGGACCCUGGCAGCUCAGAGCUUUCGUGUGCCGCUUCUCUUCAGUGAUCUUUUAUGAGACCAUGUAUGUGGACAUCGUGCUGUUGGGCCUCAUAGCCUUUGACAGACUACUCAAGAUCAUCAGACCUUUUGGAAAUUUUUUCAUUAAAAAACCUGUGUUUGCAAGAAUUAUCUCGACCCUCACCUGGUUCCUUUUGUUCUUCCUCUCCCUACCGAACAUGAUCUUGAGUAACAAGGAAGCAACACCAUCAUCUGUGAAAAAAUGUGCCUCCUUAAAGGGUCCUCUGGGGCUGAAAUGGCAUCAAAUGGUAAAUAACAUAUCUCAGUUUAUUUUCUGGACUGCUUUUGUUCUAAUGCUGGUGUUUUAUGUGGUGAUAGCCAAAAAAGUAUAUAAUUCUCAUAAAAAGUCCAAAGGUAAGGACAGCAAAAACAGAAAGCUGGAAGGCAAAGUAUUUGUUGUCUUGGCUGUCUUCUUUGUAUGUUUUGCUCCAUUUCAUUUUGCCAGGGUCCCAUAUACUCACAGUCAAACCAACAAUAAGACUGACUGCACGCUGCAAAAUCAACUGUUUAUUGCCAAAGAAACAACUCUCUUUUUGGCAGCAACUAACAUUUGUAUGGAUCCCUUAAUAUACAUAUUCUUAUGUAAAAAAUUCACUGCAAGGCUACCAUGUAUGAGAGGGAGAAAGACCACCACAUCAAGCCAAGAAAAUCACAGCAGUCAGACAGAUAAUAUAACCCUAGGCUGACAAUUCUACAUAUGGUUAACUGCUAUUUAUUGAUGAGAUUUCAAAAGAUAAUGUGGAAAUAAAAUUUAACCAAUAAAAAAAGGAAUGGAAUAAAUGCUUUCUUAUAUUUUAUUUUUAUUUUCCUGGUAUACAGAACAAAAAUUAUGUAAGUUUCAAUUCCACACUGAUCUAUUCAUAAGCAGAAUGGACUAUUAUUAAGAGAACAGAAAAGGCAGCAAAUGGCCACUAGAGGUCAU